GAAUUGCUGAGCAUCGUUUGAAAAGUCGGCCAAGUCAAAGGAAUUAUUCGCUACUAGAAAGACUCGAUAUCGCUGAGAUUUUUACCAUAAACAAAAAUUAGUUUCUCGCAAGUAAUCUCAAAUUUAUUACCCGUCUACAGUAUUUCAAUAAUUUUUAAUAUUUAAUGAAACGAUAAUUAAACAAAUUAUGUAAACGCUAUGAGAAGUUGUAUGUAGCGGCUUUGUCGCCAAUUCGUUAUGAACUCGGGUUAUCAGUGAAAGGUCAUCUUAAAAUGUUGUGAGGGUAUGUUCAUGUGAUCUAAGAGAGUAAACCAAAACGAUGGUUCCUGCACCGAGCUGCCCGUCCACUUGGGACUACUGGACGACAUCGCCGUCCGACUACGUGGAGCUGACAUGCCUCCUGCCAAAUACUAUUUACAUUCCUCUGAGAGUCAGUUGGGAUGCUACUCUUCAGGAUGUGAAAGAGGAGUUAUGGGAGAAGGCGGCACAUUAUCCCUUAUUUGGGGUGAUGCAUGAAAUGUCAGGUUAUGUGUUCCAAUUUGUCAACUCCCUGGCAGUUCUUGAGGAGGUGGAUGAUGAGAACAAAAGGCUGCGAGAUAUCAAACCAGUAUGUGGAGUGCUUAUGAUCAUAAAGAGGUCUGUGAAACCAGGAGAAUAUCUGCUGAACACACAAAUAAGCCAUUUAAUUGGAAAAGGUUUAAACGAAUUUGAUAGUCUAAGAAGUAAUGAAGUGAAUGAUUUUCGGACACAAAUGCACAAUUUAGCUGAAGAGAGUUUAUUAAGACGAAUGAAAAGUGAUUGGCAAGAGAAACUGCGGUAUCACUACCCGCCAAGACUGGCUGAUCAGCCUAUACCUACCACACUCAAGAAUCAACUCAAUAGAAAUAGUUUUAUGCUUGUCACUAGAUUUGCUAAUUCUGAGUUUUCAUCAUCUCUUUGCGUACCAUUCACACAAACACCGCAGCAGCACAUUGAGAUCAUUCUCAGAAAGCAAGCGAAGUCACUGAACAUACGCGGCGAGCAUCCACACAAUUAUGUUUUGAAAGUGUGCGGCCGCGAGGAGUAUCUAUUCGGGGAUUACCCGCUCAUACAGUUCAAAUACGUCCAGGAGAUGCUGUCUCGGGACUCCGUGCCCCAAGUCAUGACUGUCAGUGUGGACAAAUUGAGAUUUUUAAAUGCCGACCCCCAGCAGUACUAUAUACGUGAACAGAGGCGGCAGACCGCUGACUCGAAUACAAUGAAAAGACGUAAGAAUGAACUCUCCUGGGAUAUAGACAAGUUAUACUCUUGCAUGGUACUGAGUGUUGGCGGAUUGAACGUGGACCCUAAUCGUGUUGUUGAGGUAAUUUGUCAAGCUGGCGUAUUUCACGGCGGUAAGCCUUUAUGCGAGGCGCAGAAGACUCGAGCGGCGGCGGUGUCGUCGGAGGGCGUUGCGCAGUGGCAGCAGGAACUCAAGUUCCCGCUCAAGGUCUACAACAUACCGAGAAUGGCGAGACUAUGCUUUGGGAUAUAUGAAAUUGAAAUUAAUAAGACUAAGAAUAAGAAGAAGGGGAAGGACUCCGGCAAGGACUCAAUAAACCGGCUGGCGUGGGCGAACACAAUGAUAUUCGACUACAAGGAUCAACUGAGGACGGAUAAAGUGUCAUUUUUCAUGUCAACUCACGUGGCGGAUGAAACGCAGGGCGACGAUCAGCUGCUGCAUCCCCUGGGGACAGUGUUCUCCAAUUCGAAUACAGACUCGUGUAGCGCCGUUUUACAUGUGCAGUUCUCAAAUUAUGAUUGCCAAUAUCCUAUUGUAUUCCCGAAACAAGAAAUGGUAAAAGCUUAUGCGGAGCGCAUUGAGAAUGGGUCACCCGAAGUGAUGUCGCGCCUUAAGAGAGAUUUCGAGAAGCUUCGAGCGACCGCCGAAAAGGAUCCCAUGUAUGAAAUGCACGAGCAAGACAAGAAGAAUAUAUGGGCGUUGAGAAACGACUUCCGCUCACUGGCCCCGUGGUUGCUGCCGCGCCUGCUGUGCUGCGUGGAGUGGGGCGAGCGGGCGGAGGCGGCGGCGGUGGCGCGGCUGCUGGACGACUGGCCCAUCUCGCUGCCGGUCGAGUCCGCGCUCGAGUUACUCGACUACGCGUACGCGGACGCCACCGUCCGGAGCUUCGCUGUUCGGUGUCUGCAGAAGAUCAGUGACGAAGACCUCCUGUUAUAUCUAUUACAACUGGUUCAGGCGUUGAAACACGAGCCCUACCUCAUGUGCGAUUUGUCGGUGUUUUUAUUACAACGCGCGUUUAAAAACAUGAUCAUUGGUCACUAUCUCUUCUGGCAUUUAAGAUCGGAGAUGCACAUGCCGUCGGUGUCGGUGCGGUUUGGUCUACUGUUGGAGGCGUACUGCCGCGGCUGCCAAGACCACAUCAGUAUUCUGCUGCGGCAAAUCGCAUGUCUCGACAAACUCAAGUGGGUGAGCCAGAAUGUCCGCAAGAAGAAGGAAAUAUCAAAAGCGCGGGCAGCGCUGCAGCAGAAUUUGCAACAGACGCAUUGCAUCGAAACGCUCUGCGACUUCGUAUCGCCACUUAACCCGAGCUACCGCUGCAAACGGAUACAGCCGGAGAAAUGCCGCGUUAUGGACAGCAAGAUGCGCCCUCUGAUGGUGGACUUCGAGAAUAGUGACCCGUUCGGCUCAGAUAUCCGGAUCAUACUGAAGAUCGGCGACGACCUUCGUCAGGAUAUGUUCACAUUGCAAAUGCUCAGGAUAAUGGACAGGCUGUGGAAGAGUCACGGUUAUGACUUUAGGUUAAGUCCAUACAAUUGUAUUUCAAUGGAGAACGAAGUGGGUAUGAUCGAGGUGGUGGAGGACGCGGAAACGGUUGCUAAUAUACAAAAACAACCUGCCAUGUUCCAAGCCGCCUCCACAAUGUACAAAGGGACUUUGCUACAAUGGCUAAAGAAGCAGACAGAGGACGAGUGCGGGCGUCCCAACGAGGCGGCGUUCAACAAAGCAGUGGACGAGUUCACAAUGAGCUGCGCCGGCUACUGUGUCGCCACCUACGUCCUCGGUAUCGCGGACCGACACCCGGACAAUAUUAUGGUUAAGAAAAGUGGACAGCUAUUCCACAUAGACUUCGGUCAUUUCCUCGGCCACUUCAAACAGAAGUAUGGGUUUAAGCGCGAACGUGUGCCGUUCGUUCUUACGCACGAUUUUAUACACGUGAUCAACAAGGGGCAGCGGGGCUCGGGCGAUAAUGAGCCCAUCGACUUUAAGAUAUUCAAAGAGCACUGUGAUACGGCAUUCAGAAUACUCCGAAAGCAUGGCCACCUCAUCUUGUCUCUCUUCUCGAUGAUGAUCUCUACCGGCCUUCGGGAGCUGAGCUCCGAGAAGGACUUGCAGUACCUUAGAGAAACUCUCGUAAUGGAUUUAUCCGAGGAGAAAGCCAUGGAGCACUUCAGGUCGAAGUUCAGCGAGGCGAUGAAGAACUCAUGGACGACAUCGCUCAACUGGGCGUUCCAUAAUAUCGACAAAAACAACUGACAGCGGCCGGUGAGCCGGCGGCUCAAGCGGCAGCCGCCGAAACAUGCCCCACAGACGUUGUAAAACGAGCCUUACCGCUUACACCGUUACGUUCAUUUCCCAACGACGCACGCUUGGUGAAAUGAACGGCUAGUGAUGUACGUACCAGUGCUAAAGAGGUAACAGUCUGAUUAGCUCAUUUGUGCUGUCUACAACGGGAUUCGACUUAGGUUGUCGUGCACUAAAGGUACUAACUAUAGAAAUGUUUUGUGCAUUUCGUUGGUUUCUUUAAUCGUGCAAUAAAAUGUUUAUUGUAUUAGUUCCUAAAUAUAUGGUGAAUAGUAAUAGUCCAUGUCAAUACAUUUAUUAUAUUGCCGACAUGCAGGUUAUUAUGUAUAUGAUGGAGUUAUCAAAAGGGGAGUUUCAAUAACAGAAUAGAGACCAACAAUAAUAAGAGUUUGAGUUUUUGCAGAAUAUAUUAUUUGUUUUAAUGCCAUCUAUCGGUUAUUAGCACAAACACUAUAUGCGUACUAUAUUAAUGGCUCUUUUGUGAAUUCUACAAUAACCCUAAUCAACUGAUAGAUCAUUUAUUAUUUGCACCAAAUAUAUAUACAUAUCUUUAUGUACUUGUGCAUCCAAUCAAUAGCUUGAUAUUAUUUUGUUCUCAACUCUAUUAUAUUUUCUUUGGUUCCUUAUUAUUGAUUCUCUCCUAAUAUUUUGUAGUUUGUAAAUAGCAUUUUAACAAUUAAGUCUUUAGAGCACGAUUUCAUAAGGUCGAAAAUUGAAUGGUAUCGAUGUACGCGCUAAGAUUAAUAAUGGAACGACGGCUCCCGCCGCGAUGGGCUCGGCUAGUCUUGUGAGGAUAAGUGUUUUUUAUAAGAGUGGUCCCGUUCACUCGAUUCUCUCAUUAGGUUUAAUUUUACACUGCCAAAAAUAUCAAUUAAAUGAUAAGAUACAAAGUUAUAAGCUCAACAUGUCGUUAGUAUAAGCACUGAUCGAAACAUCAAAAUAUAGAUUUCGAAGUUUGAGCCGACAAAAUACUUACAUUACUUAUUUUAAAAAUGGGUAAAUUAAUUUCCUUUAAUUUCAUAUUUAAUUGUGCGUUGUUGUAUUAUAAUAAUCUGUAAAUAUUUAUAUUUUAUUUAUUUGUACAUUCUAUAUAUUAAAAUGUUAGCUACUUACAUAAGUCAAUUUAUUAUCAUUACGACUAUCAGUUAGUUAUAAAAUAUUUCAAACAUACUAACAAAUGUUAUAAAUCUAGGCUUAUUUUACAAAAUAUGUGUAUUAAAAUUUGCAAUGAAUAAUAAUUUUUAAUACAUUUUUUAUUACCUCUGCAAUACAUUGUAGUCACUAUUUGCGAGUUCUGUAUACAAAAUUAUCUAUUUUUCUAAUAUUAAAAAUUUGCUAAUAGGUCCUCUAUUUUUUGAGAUCAAUAAAAAGUAGUACUACUCAUUCUGAGUCUCUGUAAGUCCUGUUACAAUUUCCUAGGUGAUUGAAUUAAAAAGGUCAAUUGACACUAUAUUUUCCUAAGUUAUCUGUUUUAUACACAUAUUAAAAAAAAAAAAAUUGUGAGCGGGACGAGCUUGCUAAGACUGAUAGUUAUGGAUAUAAGGAAUAUGAUAUCAAGGGAAAUGUGUGCUCUCGCGGCGGGAUUAAUAGCUGUAUACAUUGUGGUCUUUGUUACGUUUUCCUAUGAAAUAAAAAAAAAAAAAAACACGAACCGAGCGAAUUAAAUUUGAAUUUUUUAUUAAUCUAAACAACCACCCUAGAGUAUGUACAGCUAUAAUUUGAGAGAUAAAACUAUUUCCUGUGAAACGUAACAAAGGUAAUGUUAAUUAUUAUAUAACCAUAGAAAUAAUACAGGGCCCUUCAUUAUUUUACUAGCGACCCAUAAUUGUCGUAAUUAAUAUAUCAAUGCCGAAAAUCAUGUGGCUAGUAAUAAUGCAUACGCGCUUUAACGAAGUGACGUCACGGAGUCGCAGUGACGUCACACAACGAUCGUCGCUUCACUCACACAAUCAUUGCAUCAAAGGGUCCACAGUUGGUACGUAAGGUUGGCGGCGGCUGAUUUGGCUGUGAUAUAGACAUGCUGCGUAUGCGCAUGUUAGGUAGUUGAGAAAUUCUAAUUUUAAUUGUUACGAAAUUUAUUAUUAUUAUUAUUGUUUCGAUGAAAUCCUUUUGUUGUUAAUUUUUUUACUGCUUAGAUGAAACGGAAAUUUUCGGUAAACGGUAGAGGUACAUGACAAGCUUAAAUUAAUAUUAAUUUUAUAUCUAUUAUAAAAGAAAGCGAAAAAAAAAAUUGUGAGGACUGGACAAAAUAUAAUUUUCAUCUCCGAUCGCUAGUUUUCAUCUUCGCGAAGUGAAGUUGCCUUUAUUUUUAUAAAAAGCGUAGAAAACGAAAUUACGCAUCGUCAUUGCUGAAACAAUGGGCGUAUAGUUUCUGUGUGAGCUGUGAGACAGAUUAAAACAUAUCACACAGCGCCAUCUACUCCCAAACUACGCGGUUGAUUAUUCUGUUUUCUACUUCUGUAAAAAUAAGUAUUAACCUCCGAUGUUGCCAACAUAAUAAUAAAUACCCUUUUAAAUGGGCUACUUCUUGCCAUAAUGUCAAUAAUACCAACCGUAUAAAACGGUCUUUACAUUUUCGCAAUGUCUUUAAUCGAAUAUUUCAGUCUUUGCAGAUUAAAAUUUUACAAAUGAUUUCAAGUGACGCCUUUAGGCCCAAAGAAACUAAAUGUUUUAUAAUGUAUAUUUAAAGCGAUUUUAGAUUAAGAAUUCGGAAAUGAAUGGUUUUUAGUGUAAAGUAAUUUUUAAGUGUCAUCUGUAUAUUAUAGAUGUGAUUAUGGUGGGUGAAAAAAUGGUUGGUUAUAUAGGAAGAGCCGCCGCCGCCAUACGCUUUGAGUAAACAUGAAAGAACUUAGCUAAUUUUUAAUAUACCCCUUAAGGUUAAUAUACGCUUUAUAUUUUCACCGCGCAUUGAAUAUUUUUGCGCUUUUUCUUCUCUGCAGUGUGCGGUAUAAUUUUAUAUAAUGUUGUAUUGGGGUGCAGUCGAUUUUGAGGCAACAUUCUUUUUCUUAUUCUUUUUUAUCUUUGGAAUUAACAAUUUAAUUACGUCUAGUAAUCUGUUAGGAUAGACUACCUAAGAAGUAUAUGUAAUAUAAUUAUAUAUAUAUAUAUAUAUAUAUAUUACAUAUACAUAUAUAUGAAUAAAUUCUAAGAAUAAAUAUUUCGCCGUUUUUAGGAUCGAGAUGACACUUUAUAAUCGAGUCUAUUAUUUAUACUUCUUAAUAUCUAUGCAUAUUUUAAUAUUGGCUAUUAUUUACUGUUGUUUGAGCCAAUUAAAUAUAUACACUGCAGAAAAAAAAAUGAAACAAUUCUCAUACUACAGAUUUGUGUAGGAAAAAAUGCGCGGUGAAAAUUUCCAAUCCGUAUAUGCCCUUCUAAAAUUACGCUACUUGCUGAUAAAUGACAUACUAAUUUGACAUUUAAUGUCAAAUCUUUACAAGAUGGCUUUACACGUUCGUUAGCAACCGAAUAUAUUUAUUUAGCGUUUGUAUUUGUAAGGGGUUUACAUUUAAUUAGAUUUAUUUAUGCAAAGUAUGAUUCAGAAGGGGUCAAUGUAAUUCAACCGUUCGACGUCGGAUAGUGAUGUUAUCCAGUGAAUAUCCGUUACAAAUUACCCUUACACAGGGUGUUACAUAUCACAAUGGUUGCCAAAUCAUCUAAUGGAGUAACGGAUGAGUUACAUUGCUGGCAACCCUAUAUUAUGUUGUGUACGACAGAGUUUUAUUUGGGAAAGGAUAGAGUAGUCGAAUCGUGAGGCGAAUAGGCUCAAUGCUGAAUUAAAUAUAAUAAUAUUAAGUAGAUAAUAUGUGCUCACCUAUUUGACUACGUCUGAAAUAAGGUUUGAUUGAUCAUAAGAAAGACGGUCGAGGUAUAAUAAUUUUGUUACACUAGCAUAUAUCGUCAUUUUAGCCGUUAACUGACCACUGCUGAGUAUAAGCUUUCCCCAUAAGGAGAGUUUUGUUAAUAGUUGUCACACUUGGCAAGCGGAUUGGUAACUGCAGUUAGGUUUUGGAGAUGUUUUAAGAGGAACGCUGCGGCUCAUCCCUCGCCGUUCCUUAGUCGCCUCUUACGACACCCACGGGAAAGAAAGGGGUGGCCUAUUCUCUAAAAGCCUAACUUCGGUUGCCAACCCGCCUGCAAAGCGUUGCAACUACUGGCAAAACUCCCCUUAUGGGGAAGUCUUAUGUCCAGCAGUGGACAGUUAACGGCUGAAAUAAUAAUAAUAAUACAGUGGAUUAAUUUAACAAAUAUCGAUUCGACUAUCUCUAUCCUUCAAUGUAAUAUUUAUAAUAGUUUUAGCAGUAUUAUAACGUUUAUUAUCAGAGUAAAUAUUGUUUUAAGUUAUUCUUCAUGCUACCUCAUGGUGUCGUGUGAACAAUACCAGAUAAUUUAUCCUCAUUUCGCGUGUCCGCUUUCUAAUUAUUUCUAUCAACAAAUAGCUAGUUAUCGACCGGUUAGAUAAACUUAGUCGAUGUAAACUCAACGGUAAAUUCUAGUGAAAUAUACAUAGGUACAUAGUGUCGAUUAAUAUGAAACAUUUGAAUGAAUAUGCCUUAUGAUAUUUUAGCGUUAAGUUGUUGCUACAGCAGUUGUGGAUAGAUAGGUAAAUUUUAUGCUAGCUGGUUUAGUGCUGAUGCUUUGCCGUAAAAUCGAAUGCCAGCCAUAUAUUGGUGUGUUUGCGGUAGGCUGUGGCUUGUUUCGUCGAUUUUGGUUUUUUGAUUUCAUCAAUAUACUCUAAACUGACUUCAAAAAAGAAGGAUGUUCUAAAUUCGUUGGAUUUUUUUUUAUAUAUUUAUCACCUCAUAACUCCGUGAGCCAUAUACUAAAUUGGGAAGUUCUUUUUCUAACUGAACGGAUAUAUUUUCUAAUUGGUCUCCUAGAAAUUUUAACAAAAUCUGUUCUGUAUUUUAUUUUUUAAAUCAAAAUACCUGGUUUAGCUCCUAUUGAAGUAAUUUUUUUUAACACAAUCUUAAAAUAUUUAUUAUUUUUUUAAACCCAUCUACAUACACAUAAUACAUAAAUACUAAAUUUUA